GGGAAAAUGAUCGGAGAAGGCGGAGAGAGGGAAAAGAGGGAGAAUCAGUGAGGGAGGGAUGAUGGAGGGUGUGGUGGAAGUAUAAAGCCGUCCCAGCAUCUGUUUCCUCAUCACUUCGUCCUUGCGCUCUGACUCUCAUCUGCAUUAAGAAAUACCAACUAAGCAGCCAUCAUGGGUGAGGUUCAGCAAGCCAUAUUUCUACUCCUUAACGCGUUCCACAAGUAUGCUGGCAAGGAGGGUGAUAAAGACUCUCUGAAUAAAGGAGAGUUGAAGGAGAUGCUCACCAAGGAAUUUGGGUUGGAGUUGGGAAAAGCCAAGGACCAGGCGGCUAUUGAUCGCCUCUUCAAGGAUCUGGAUGCCAACAGUGACAACAGCGUGGACUUCCUGGAGUUUAUCAACCUGGUGGCUAGCCUUGCUAUGAUGUUGCAUGAGUGCGUGAAAAAGCAAUAAGUCUCACGUCUCCAAAAAACACCAAUAAGUCAGACAAUAAACACCAUGAAAAUA